UCUGGCACACUCAGGCUAAAGUGCUCUGAAAUCGGAGUAGAUAGCCAGAGCGAAUUUACGAACGCACCCAUAGCUGGCUUCACGCGCGACUUAAUUGUGAUUGCAAAUAUUGGCCAUAAUGUUAUUUGACCUGUAGCUUUUGACACGCAAGGUGAGUCACCCACCCAAAUGGCGUUCCAUAAAUAGAACGCCCCGGCCGCGUAACGCAAUCUGUGGUUUUCUAGGUUACCCCAUUGGCUCACAGCAAAUACUUUAUUUUUGUCUGCUUGUUUUAGUAAAUUACAUUUMAACCCAAGUAAACAAUGUAUAAAGAUUACUUGUCAACAUUGCCUGCUCCCUAGUGUCCUCACUACCUAGAAAAAACAAUAGGGCUUCCCUCAUGCCCUUUUUCAUGGCGCUAGCAGUCACGUGAGUGAAUGCUAGCUAGCUACCAUCCCAACCGGAACGUAAACUAACCAAGAUCAACAACACAAAAUAGACGAUUGGGCUACAAGUAGUGAAUGGUGUUACAAACGAACUAUACCAAACAACGUAAAUGUCUUAGUUGUGAUUAAAUGUUUUCCACAAACAUAGCUACGUGUAGCGUACUUGGACACCGGGUCCCCACAUCUCCCACGCCGAAUAGACUGAAGCAACGGGGCUCUUCUCGCAGGCUCCAUUUCCCUACUUGGGAGCAUUGCGAACCGUAGGUCGGGACUCUUGACCUGAUUACAUGUUCAUUGUACAUCACAGCAAAUUUUCGGCAUGUUUUGUUAUUUCCGUACACCAAAAAAUCUGAUGGUUGGCUUUCCUUAUGCUGAAUUCCUUAUUACGUGAAUAUCGUUCCGUACUAUGGUUUGCCAUUUUCACGCUAUUCUGGAACUUUUAGGUUUUAUAUGACAUAGCACCCUCUKUUAAUUAAAUACGAUCUCAAUGGUAUAAAUCAUCUCGCUUCGCGUUGGUCGUCACUAGUUCACAAAGCCAUACACCCCGCCCAUUUCUACAAUUUACCUAAUUAAAAUCUGAUUUUAAACCAAACCUUAACCAUACUCCUAGCCUUAUGCCUAACCCAACAUUUAGACCAAAAAGCACAUUUUUGUUUUCWUAAAUGUUUACCAUAUAACCAUUUUGACUGCGUUAUCUAGUGAAAAACUUUCGCCUCUCUGAUUUGGCUCUAUCUACACCGGAUAUAUGUCAUGUCUCCACAGUCAUAAUAUCCGCAACAAGUUCGCUGAUGUCUAGUGUGAGGUWAUGAAGCAAGCUAGCUCGCUAACGUAGGAUGUUAUAGUAUAUAACCAGACGUACUUAUUAAACCACAAACUGUGAAUACGCAAUAGUGAAUACAUGUACCUUCAUAUAUAUAUAGUAUGGUAAUCUAGCCAGCAUUUGAACGUUCGCUUCCCCAUUUGAAGAGUUGUUACUGCUAACGUAAGCUUGCGAGCAGCUUUCGUUCAAUUUUUCGAAAUGGGACGAGGUGGUGGUCGGAAGCGUGGAAAAGGCAAUGGACCUCCUCKAUUUGAUAUGGGCUCAAGGGUGCCUGAUCCAUUUGACAUGGGUCCAGGUUGGUGUGGGCCACCUGGAUCUUUUUAUCCUUUUCACGGUGGCCCAGGUCCACAUCCUAACUUUAUGGGAGAUCCAAUGAUGCACGGCCCCAUGCCACCUGAUUAUCACGGAUAUGGGACAGGCUAUGGACCAAUUGGUCCAGGUGUCCCCAUGGAUGGAUAUGGACCAAUGGGUCCAGGUGUCCCCAUGGAUGGAUAUGGACCAAUGGGUCCAGGUGGCCCCAUGGAUGGAUAUGGACCAAUGGGUCCUGGUGGCCCCAUGGAUGGAUGUUUAGAUGGGCCACCGAUGGAUGGACCAGGAUUCGGGUAUGGUCCAGGUAUGCCCGGACCAUAUGAUCCGAUGAUGUGCAAUGGACCCGGACCAAUGCCCCCGGGUAUCCUGCCCCCUGGUAUUCCUCCCCUAGAUAUGCCGCCCAUGGUUCCGCCUCUGGUGGACAACCCUGUCUUUCCUUCACUCUGGCAAAGCGAGGCCAACCCUUAUGCUGUUCAUCCACCAUUGUGGCCCGUCCUGACAACAGCCUCCCCUCCGACUGAGACGACUGUAGUUCCUGAUGUGUGGGGACUCUGCUGGGGCUCUGAGGUUCUUCAGCUUGAUCCACCCCAGACUGAUGAACAGAAGACCAAAGACUCAAAGAAGGAGAAAAAAGCAGGACAGAAAAAGAGCUACAAUGACAAGCCUCCUCCACCUGGAAGAUUCAAGGGGGUCAUCUCAUUCAUAGGGCCAACUUAUGGCUUCAUCGAAAGAGACGAUCUCAAUAAAUAUUCCUUCACUUUUGAUGCUUUUCUCGGAGUCCCCAAGAACAUGAUACCUGGGGUCAGGGUGCAUUUUACAGCCUACAAGGAGAAGGCCGGGGAGUGUGCCACUGAUGUGUCUGUACCUCCAGGGGGGACUGAGGAGAUUGACUCCACCAUUAUUGAAGGUUUUGUCUGCAAUGUUAUCCUGGAGCAGCAGCCUGGUGCAAAGCCGAAACCUGGCCAAAUUGAGGCCAACAUCGACGGCAUGUCAAGAGCACUGCUUUACUCGGAGAAGGACUACACCAUCACUCUGUUGCAAGGGGACCAUGUGACGUUCAACUUGUUGACCGACAUAGUUACCCAAAAAAUUAGAGCCACUAAUAUUCGGCCACAGACACCACAGACUUUUAAGAUCACUGGAGAGAAGAGGGAGGUGGGUGUUAUAAAGAGCGUAAAGGGUGGUUCUGGUACCAUCAUGGCAGCGAACCAGAACAACCUGCCCUUUGAAACCACCGAGAACAUGAGUCUAACUGAGUUCACCAUUAUGGAUGAGGUGGACUUUACAGUUGUCACAAUCAAAAAUAAGGAGAAGGCCAUCAGAGUAAGGAAGCUGAAAGAGUGCUCAGUGACACUGGAAGAAACCAUGGAGAAGAUAGUUGAAGACCCUGCAGGAAAAGACAAGUGGAAGCCAGUGGCCCCAGUGGAGGAGGUGCUGCUCCAGAGGACUGUGGUGUUUGAGGACAUUAGCACUGUGCAGCAUGCAGGAACGGUCAUUAAGGUCUCCAAAAAGCAGCAGGAGCAGGGCCUUUUGGAGGCAUUGGUGGGUGGCACACAGAAGCAGCUAUUGUUUGGAGCAGCUGACGUUCUGACUGAAGCCACCAUGUUUGACGGAGACAAGGUUCACUUUCACAUCUCCACCAACCGUGAGACUAAGGAGGAGCGUGCCAUCAACGUGGAGAUUCUCUCAGAGACGUUUGAGGAGUCAACAGAGCAACGCAGAACCGGUGAGGUGGUGCAAGCUGGGGAUCUGUCUGGGACCAUUAAGUGCCAUCACAGCCACCAGCUGCUGUUCUUCCAUCUGACCGAGGUCAUGGAGGAGAAGAAAUUGGACAUCUCSGAGAAGGUGAAGUUCAGUGUCAUUUCGCUUGAAACCGCUGAAGGAGGCAACCAAGCGAUUAGGAUCAAACGCCUUAUCGACAGUGUUCUUACCCCUGUUCUUACCACUGUGCCCAAGCUAAGGGGCGUGGCGGCAAAAGAAAAGAAGAAGAUGACCAUCAAACUGAUGAGAGACCCAAAUGACCUCAUCAAGGGCACAGGUGUCAAAGUAGAGAACAAAGAUGAUGAUCCCACCAACGACAAACCUGCGUCGGAGAAGUCAAUCAAGAUGAAAUCGGUCAUAAAAAUUCUGCAGUCAAAACCUGCUGGCUCUGGAUCUGGUGGCAAGGACUCCGACAGCAGCCAGCGGAGAUACGGACGCAGGAGCCCCAGCCUAGACCAGUUUGGCCGGGUGAAGAAAAGYCGGAGCACGAGCAMGGAGCGCAAAGAGRYGGGUGGUAGAUGCAAGUACAGGCGCAGUCGCAGCAGGAGCCGGGYCAGGGAGAUGAACAGGAGACGAAGCCACAGUCUGGAGAGAAAAGAUUACAACCACAGGAGCGGCAGCAAAAAGAGGACUUCCUCAACAAGAAGCCGCAGCAAGGAGCGAGAUGGAACCAGUCAGAGGAGCUCCAAGAAUGGUUCAAGCUCAGUAAGUAGAUCUCCAGAUAGAAUGAACAAUGAGCUAGAAAGAAAGAAGAAGGAACUAGAGGAGCUCAAUGAGUUGAUAUACCGCAAGAGAGCCAUAGUUGCCAUGGAGAAACAUGGUGGAGUUCCCAAUUUCUUCUCAGAAGUGAAGCCUAUGGAGAAGACCUGCUUUGACUACAAUCAUGGAAUGGCAGAGCUUCCUACACAACCUAAACCACCCACUGACAUCAAACCCAAGUCCAUUCUGAAGAAACGAUCAGACCAUGUCGCAGGUCCACUUUUCUCAAUGCAGACUGAACUCCCUAAAGCUCAACCUCUUGAUCAAAGGCUUGUGGAACAAUACGGUUAUGACGUUGAGACGCCCUAUAAACCACACUCUGCCCAACCACCCUACACCCAAACAUCCAGUCAGAAGUCCUAUUAUGAACGUUCACUUGCUGGGCAUCCUGUUCCUGACUUAUCUGCCAAGUAUGAUCCAUAUGAGCAGACUUCUAGAGAGCACCCGUCGCAACCUUCUCCAGUUCGCCAAACACCUCUUGACCCUCAUUCUUCAAAUCAACCUCCCAUUCGAGAGUCUCAGGAAAAYAAKCCUAACCUGAACACCCAGCUCGCCCGUUUCCUCAACACCCUCAACAAAGGUGUGGAUGCCGGUCUGCUGUCAGCUAUGGUCAAGGAGUCUCAAGAGGAGAUUGCUGGUAUUCAGGAAGAUAGUUACAUACUUCAAAAGCCUUAUUGCGAGUUGCUUGACCGUAGGGAUGAAGAUCAGUACAGAGAUGAGCCCUGUACAGAGGAAGAGCCAGAGUGCCCACGCAGGGGCUUCAUCAGUGAGCGAGUGAAGAACUCCGACGACUAUGAUAACUCCAGAAACGAAGACUGGCUGCUGCCUCACGAGAGAGCAAUCCAGGAAGGUGGUGGCUUUCCCGGAAUUCUUGGAAUGAUGUCCCACAGCCAGCUAUUGAGAGAACCUGAACGUGUGGAAGAAGAGGACUUCCUCUAUGGGGGUAAAGCCCCUGCAGCGGCUGAGAAYGAGCACUGUGAGAAACCUGGGCGGUCAGACAGGUACAGGGAUAACAAGAGGUCCUGCUCAGCCAGAGUCCCGGUGGAGGAGACCAGGCAGCAYGAGAGUCGGGAAAAGACGCAGCACUUCGACAAGAUCAAYAGCCUGCUCCAGGUCAUCGGCUUGAAUCUGGACACCUCAGAGGUCACCAAGCUUGCAGACAGGACCCAGGAGCGCCUCUACGGGACAAAGUCAUCUAAACACUCAUCCGAAUCCUCAGAGAGAGAGACGAAGCACUCAUCUAGGCGGGGAGAUCGGCACCGCACCACCGACGACUCUGAUUCCAAAAGCUUCCGGUCAGCRUCGCCAUUCAGGUCUUCCCAGCGGGAGGUGUACCUCAGCCCCCAAGACACCUCGGAACAUGGAGGGUUCCUUGACCCGGAAGAGGAGGCGGCCUUAGAGAGGGCCAGGCAGAUGCAGAGCCUCACCAGGACUGUGAGCGUCUUGCCCCCCACKCCCUCCUCACAGCCUGGCACCUCCUAUUCCACCACACAGUGGAACUGUCCUGAGAAGACCCAGCCCAUCGCGCCUAAGAGUUGGCCUAGCAAGGGUUGUAGUACCAACUAUCUCUCAUCACUGCCACCCGGUUCCUCAGGUCCCCCUGAACAGAUUUCCCCGGUUUCAUCCAUGACAAACACGCCUGAUGUUCCAGCUGGUCAACAAGCAGCCGGGGUGUGUACUUUUACUUCACCUAUGGGACAAUCCCCUGACCUACUCACUGCCUUGCCCUCCUCCACUUAUUAUGGGCAGCCUAGUUCCCCCAUGAUACCGUUUGCAAAGACUCAGUUCACACAACAAUUUAAUAUAUUGAAUCAAGUGACUAUAUCAAAUCCUACAAGGGAUGUCUUGAGUCAAAUCCUCCAAGUCACCAACCAGUCUAGAUGCCUCAAGGUGAUUGAAACAGUCAAAAGUGUGUCUGGUGCACAGCAGGAUUCACCAAGACAAAAUAUCACCAUACCUCUCCAGAUCAAAACACAAAGCCCUGAUUCUGCAGGUGGACGGCCCUCUCCUCCCCCUCAAUCACCAGAGACUCGGGGUCCACCAGUGACAGAAGACGAUAUCAAGGCCAAACAGAAGAAAAGGCUGGAGCAGUUUAACCUGCGGAUGAGACGGAAGAAUCAGGAGAGGAAGAACGAUACUCGUGACACUAGGAUAAACACAACAGGAAAAGUUCCCAAAGUUACCUUUGCCAACACUGAGCCUAGGAAUGUGUGGAUCUGUGGACACUCGCUUAUAUAUUGGGCAGAGAUGAGGGCCAAGUCGCCUGAGAUUGGCAUGCAGUUGGGCAUGGACCCCAGCAGUGUGCGGGUGUGGUGGAAGGGCACACAGGGCAUGACGUGGGCCCAGCUGCUGCCCCAGUUAGACCAGCUGAAGAUCAAGUGGCCCAAACCGGACGUGGUCAUCCUGCACCUGGGUGGGAACGAUCUGGGUACCCAAAGCCCUGAAGCCCUUAUGUCGUCUGUGAAGAAGGACCUGACCUCCAUGAGGAGCAUUUUCCCACAAUGCCUGUUGGUCUGGUCCGACAUCUUGCCCCGGAUGUCCUGGAGGCAAACGGAGGACAGCGAAGCAGUGGACAAUGUUAGAGCCGCCAUCAACAGAAAAGCUCACGCCAUCAUCGCUGAGCUAGGUGGCACCGCUCUGACCCAUAAAAACAUCACGUGUUGCUCAGACGCAGGCCUGUACAGGCCAGACGGGGUUCAUCUGUCUGGUAAAGGUAUUGAUACUUUCAACUUGAACCUGCAGGACUUUUUGGAGAAGUGGGAGACCGAGGCAAACGAUGUUCCUGAGAUGACUUAAGAAAUGACCAAUGAAUGUUGUUUUUUAUGGGGGGGGGGGUAUUUUUCAUUUCUCUAUUGUAAUCGUUUCCUCUCUGCUGGAUACCAACCUAAGGGUUGAUUUAGAUGUAAUGUAACUUCAUUGCAAAUAAUACAUUCUGUUAUUGGUGUAUCCACUUUGAUUAAAUGCUGUAUGUAAUCUUACUUUAUAAAGUUUUAGCAUACUGGUGAUUAGCAUGUUCUGUUUAUCCACAAAGUUCCAGGCUUUUACUUAUUGUAUACAUUUUGUUGGGCAAAAAAUAAAUAAAACUAGACAAUUGGGAAA